AUGGGGGGCGGGGGAAACCUCCCGCGCGAUUCCCAACACCCCCUGCCGCCCGAGGACACAAACGAUUACGGCGGGGCGCUGAAAGGCAGCUCCAUCCAAAGCUCUCAAAGCCCCAUCCAUACCGGAGGAGGGGGGGGAGGCAUGAAUAGCUCCCCGGCCGCCGCCGCCGCCGUGGAUGAGUUCCCCGAUAACGAAAUUCGUGAUCGACAUGAGCUGAAGAUGAUGGCCCUCGCGAUGGUCGAGCGGGAGGAGAAGAAAGCCUACAAACAACUCGCCCAGCGCCGCAAGGAAGUCUCCUAA